CGAAAGGCGCCGCUCCGUGUGCCCGACACUCUUUGAUGUGCUAGUUUGUAAAUACAAACUAAAAGGGACUUUAGAAUGCCGAUGAAGGGACGCUUUCCGAUCAGGAGGACUCUCGAAUACCUCCAGAAGGGCGACAUCGUCUUUAAAAACCGAGUGAAGAUCAUGACGGUCAAUUACAACACGAGCGGAGAGCUGAGCGACGGCGCAAGAAAGUUUGUAUUCUUCAAUAUCCCUCAGAUUCAGUACAAAAACCAGUGGCUUCAAAUAAUGAUGUUCAAGAACAUGACGCCAUCUCCGUUCCUGAAGUUCUACCUGGACGACGGGGAGCAAGUUCUGGUGGAUAUGGAAGGGAAGGACUACAAACAGAUUUCACUACAUGUCAAGAAGAUUCUGGGCAAAUCAGAAGAGGUUCUACAAGCCGAGGCCCAGGCCAAGAUGCAGGCCUCCAACCCCGCCAACUUUGGGCCCCGGAAGUACUGUCUGCGAGAGUGCAUCUGCGAGGUGGAGGGCCAGGUGCCGUGUCCCGGCACCACGCCGCUGCCCAAGGAGAUGACGGGAAAACAUCGCACCCGGAUGGCGGCGGCGCAGGAGUGAGGCGCCGCAGUGUCACGUUUCGAUUUCGUACGACGGCAUCAAAAGGACCUCGGCGCCGCGGAUUCAGCUGUAAAUACGAGUGACUGGAUGGAUCCCGCUGUGCCGGAGGUCCAACGUCUCCGGUCCAGGAGCGGCAGGAAACCACAGACAUCUUUUAUGGGCGCUUUUGGAUUUUUUUUUUUCCAGUGUCAACACUGCGAUGUAAACAUUGAAAUAAAACCAAUUCGCCUGCCGUGUGAACAACAUCAAGUAAGCAUGACCACAAUAUUUAAGAAGAGGGAGAAUGGCUGAGAUUCAAAUAAUGAAAAGACAAAGCGUUUUCUGAGAACUAUUUUUUUUUUUUUUUAUUGGUGCGGUGAUGGAAGUUCGUGCUUAAAAAAAUGUUGGCAAAAAAAUAAAAAUCACACACAGAGAAGCUCCUUGAGUCAUCCGCGCUCACGAAACAUUUUCACGUGUUCUGCUUCUGUGUGGAUGUCAGAUAUUAGUGUGAGAUCAACAAUACACACACAGUGUGAAGCACUAUGACGACAAAGGGCAGAUAAUACUUGUUGGCAUCGAUGUAGUGACAUUUUAUCUGACAAACCAAAAAAUGUUUACAUUAACCCAAAGAAUUGAAAGUAACGUCAGUAACACUGAUUUUAGUGCGUUCUAGUGUUUUA